AUGGCUUCGGCUGCAACCGAGAGUCGCUCACCCUCAGGCAGUGGCGUGACGAAGAAGAAACUAAGUGCGGCAUGUGUUCAUUGCCAUCGGCGGAAAGUUCGGUGCGAUGCUCGCGCCGUAGGAUUCCCAUGUUCCAAUUGUCGGUCUGCUGGCAAGACGGAUUGUCGCAUACAUGAAAAGAAGAAACGACCCAUCGUGCGUUCGGCUUUGAAUCCGGUGCCCAUUCGCUGUGCGCCGUCUUUGCUGGCAGAUCCGCCGGCCUCUUCACCUUCACAACAACAUCAACACCAACAACAAACCCCUCGUCACAAUCACAAACAACAGCAACAAACGCCUGCUGCAGAUGCCAUUUCUCAACCUCUACCGCCGCGUUCAUCCUAUCCCCCACAGCAGCAGCCGUUAAAUAAUGGCGUCGAGUUCAAACCAACCCCAAAAGACCGUCUCCAAAGCGAGGAGUCGAGCCAUCGAAACCAAACUCCGCAGCCCACGUCCCAGUCCGUCACCGGCCGCGAGGAUCGUCGAGAGAUGGAGAAUCGCCUCGUCACGCUCAUCGACGAGCAAGAUUCGGAUCGUCGUGAAAUCCAACGCGGUGUGCGUGCGAUUUAUGUCGGGCAUGAUGUGUCGAAUAUGUCCUUUUUGCUCCGCCAACAGCGAGGCGACGAGGCGUCGUAUCAUUUCGCCGGCAAUGAAAUUCCAAGACGUCGGAUAGAGAUUGGCCACGAUCAAUUAAUGCAGGAUGCUCUCACCCUUCCGGAGCAGUCGCUGGCGGACGAAUUGGUUGACGCCUACUUCACUCAUGUCAAUCCGCUCUAUCCCAUUGUCGAUGAAGAGCAAUUUAUGGCUCAAUAUCGAAAUCGAGAUCCCGCGGACCCACCGCCCAUUCUAAUCCUCCAGGCCAUCCUGCUGGUCGGCGCACAUGUUUCGCGCCAAAAGCAAGAAAGAGAAGAGCUGAAGAACGUCUUCUUCCGGCGAUGUAAAUGGCUGUUUGAUAGCCGAAUAGAGCGAAAUCGUGAUAUUUUGGUCCAGACCGCUUUACUGUUAACCUGGCAUUCGGAUGCUAUCGACGAUGAUGUCUCGGCAAAUGCUCACUACUGGGUUGGUGUGGCUGCGCGCAUAGCCACUGGGUUAGGAAUGCAUCGCAACCCUGUAUCGAAUAAAUUUGCUGCUAGCGAUCGACGUAUGUGGAGACGAGUGUGGUGGAUUCUUGUUCAAUACGAUGUCCUGAUAUCGCUGUCAUACGGUCGACCGCAGGCAAUCAACCUGGAAGAUUGUGAUGUGCAGUCUCUGACACCGGCAGACUUUAUUGGCUGUGGCUCUCGUGUACAGGUAGACUUUGUCAUGCAUUUUGCAGAGCUGUGCUCCAUGAUCUCUUAUAUACUCCGGGAACGAUUUGGGCUCCGAGUCGAUGCAGAACGCCGAAAGGCGAUCCUUCCCAAAGCCGACGAGGCACUCGCAAAUUGGUCGCUAGGGUUACCCGAUUCCUUGCGAUUGCGCUCCUCUGAUAUAGACGCGUCCUCGGCAAUGCUUCACCUGACAUAUAACAAUUUUUUGAUACUUCUCCACCGACCUCACCCCAAAGCAUCGGCCUAUUCAGAGGACUAUGGGCCUCAUGACGCUGAAAUUUGCAGUGCCGCUGCCGGGGUUAUUACAUCGAUCAUUGAAGAACUUCGGCAACAGAACGGCAUUAGAUAUCUUUGGUGUUCGGGCGUCUUCACCGUCUUUACAGCAAUGAUCCAAGUCCGGGUUGAGUUGCGAUUCUCGAAUCCCGUGCUGGCAAUCAAUGCCCUCCGGCGGUUCGACUCGACACUACACUCUCUCCGAGAACUCGCAGAUUACUGGUCCAGCGCCGAGACGAUAUUGCGUCUUUUUGAGAAUUCCAAAAGACUGCAGCAGGACUUGCGCGUUGUCCACAAUGAAGUCACGGAGAAAUUUGAAGAGCCGCGGAAACAGACUGAACCGCGGCAGCAAACAACAUCAACCACAACAGCAGCCACGAAUAAUGUAUCUCGUGCUGAAAUCCCCCCUCCUCCUCCUCCUCCUCCUCCUCCUCCUCCUCCAUCCAUGAACUCUCAGUCAAUAAUUUCCGCGGCGGGCCAUCAACAACCCCUAAACUCGAUGUCCGCGACAGCUUCUUCUGCAAACUUAGCUAGGCCAGGCAGCAACGACGUUUGGCCCAGUGAACCUCCUCCUGCUUCACGCUUAGACAGCGAUACAUUUGCUCGAGCAAACGACAUAUCCAAUGUUCAGCAAGUGGUAGCAGGCAUGGAGCCCCCUCGAGAAUAUUUAGAUUGGCGCCAGCUCUUCCCCUUCACAGACCCAGCGAACCCCGGACCGAUGUCGAUCGAGGCCUUUCCGGAUAUGGAAGAUGAGUGGCGUCAGCUUUACUGGGAACCGCAGAUGACCGAUCUCUUUCAAGAGGGGAUUUGGUUACAGUAG